AUGCCUGGAGAGCGGACGAAGGGUAGCCGCGCUAGCUGGCUCCGUGGUCGGCUACGAGCCACGGUGGCCGCAGUGACGAACCAUGCGACGAGGCAUACAGGAGUUGGACUGAUUUGCGCUGUCGCAUACUUCGACCCAGGGAACUGGGGAACGGAUCUUCAAUCAGGCUCGGAAUUUGGUUACAAGCUGUUAUUUGUCGUCCUGUUCGCGGGAUUGAUAGCAGUUUACAUGCAGGUGCUUUCCUCUCGCCUCGGAUGCGUUACAGGCUUGGACCUUGCCAGCCAUUGUCGCCUUCUACUUCAUGAUCGACCAAAGCACAAGCUGCUAUGGCGAUGGCUUGUGCUCUACCCGCUCUAUGUCGCCUCUGAGGUCGCCAUCGUCGCGACCGAUCUUGCCGAGCUGCUCGGGUCCGCUAUCGCGAUCUGCUUGCUCUUUCCACGCGUUCCUCUAUGGGCUGGCGUGCUCAUCACAGCGGCAGAUGUGCUCAUUUUGCUAGCGAUGCGAAAUCCCCUCGAUGGGAAGCCCGUGCGGGUGUUCGAGAUUGUGAUUGCUGCUCUGGUCUUCACGGUACUCGUCUGCAUGGCGGUUGUCAUUUCGAAUGCGGGCGUCCACUGGGGCGAGGCUUUCGACGGGUUUGUGCCGUCUCAUGUCCUAGUCACCUCCUCGGGACUCUACAAUUCUGUUGGCAUUCUAGGAGCGACUGUUAUGCCACACAGCCUCUUUCUCGGCUCCGCAUUCGCAACACAGGAACGCGAGACGCCUCAACCUCCCUCUGACGAGGAGGACAAGGACAAGAACAUUCUGGCGAAGGUCGAGACGUGCGAGCCCGAUGCCAUGUCGGAUAUUGACAGUCUUGUGCCAACAAACGCGGCGGGGAAGUCUUGGAAGGCCACACUUCCGCGCUGGCGCGUAGAGUUACGGCCGCGCAUAUUGGCGAUGCGUGUCUGGCGAAAGACGAAGGAGUGUUUUCGGGUGUCCCGCAUCGAAGAUCAUCCGGAAGGCGAACCAAAGAGCCACAAGGAGCGGGAAAAUAAGUCGCUCGCGUUCGUGCGUACACACAUGAACCAUGGGAUUGUGGAUAUGGUCCUGAGCUUGUUGGGGCUUGCGGUGGUGAUUAAUGCUUUGAUCCUCAUACUCGCGAGCGCAGUGUUUUACUAUGGAUACGGCCAAACUGGCGAUACGAGUCCCGCGACGUUGUUUGAUGCAUAUGAUCUUCUGCGAGACAACCUUGGAAAACCCGCCGCCAUCCUCUUUGCACUCGCACUGCUCGCCUCAGGCCAAAGCUCAUCCAUCGUCGCUACGCUCGCCGGCCAGACAGUCUCCGAGGGGUUCAUCCGAUGGCGGACGUCUCCCGUCCUCAGACGCCUACUUACUCGUUGUCUCGGACUCAUCCCGUCCAUGGUCGUCGCAGCGUCGCUUGGCCGAGGUGGCGUGAGCGCACUCCUCGUCAUUUCGCAGGUUGUCCUUUCCAUCGUGCUCCCGUUUGUCGUAUUCCCACUGUUAUAUCUCACGUCGUCAAAGGCAAUCAUGAGCGUCAAGAAACCUACAGGGCCUAUCUCUAGAAGCGUACCUUCCUCCUCGCUUUCUCCGGGCAAUGCAGAUCCUACAGCAAUAGCCCGCCCUGCUACGCCCUCAGCCGCGGAGGGUGCGACGACUGUGGAAGAGGUCUCGCCGGCACAGCAAGUGGAUGUAGAAGCAGUCGAUGAGAUCGUAGACUUCUCCAACGGCAAGUUCACGAUGGGACUUGGCUGGUUGCUAUGGCUCCUGAUCGUGCUUGCGAAUGCAUACGCGAUCGUGACACUUGCGCUAGGGGAGGAUUAA